AUGGCUAUGAUGGUCCAGGCCAUUGGUGACGAAUCCCAGGCGGUAAUAGUCCAAUAUGAAAAUGAGAUCAAGUCGGAUGGCAGUUACAAUUGGGCCUAUGGCACCUCCAAUCAGAUACAGGCCCAGGAGAGUGGUGUGGGCAGCGCCUAUGCUGCAGGAUCGGUUCAAUAUGUGGCUCCAGAUGGCCAGACGAUACAAUUGGAGUAUACUGCCGACGAGCAUGGCUAUCAGCCAAGAGGCGCACAUCUGCCCACUCCACCGCCCAUUCCCGAUUACAUUCUGAGGGGAUUGGCUUAUAUUGAGGCACAUCCGUUUACUCGCAUCCAGCUGAAAAAGUAG